UCCCAUAUAGCGUCCUCGGUGAACUUGCACCUGGUGAUUUGGUUUGGGCCAAACUUGAAGGUUACCCUUGGUGGCCAUGCCUCGUGUACAAUCAUCCAACAGAAGGGACGUUUGUCAGAGGGAGAGGAAGAUCUUCUCGCAUCCAUGUACAGUUUUUUGAUGAUGAGCCAUCAAGAGGCUGGGUUGCUGUUAAAUACAUAAAACCAUAUACAGGUUCUGGCGGUCGGGAAACACAGAGGGGAGGUAUGUUUUACAGUUCAAAGCCUGAAAUCAAAAGAGCAAUGGAACUGGCAGACACUGCUUUGAGAAAAGAUAAAACAGAGCGACUUGAUUUGGCUGUAUGUGACAAACCUUCAGAAAGUGAGGAGGAAGAUGAAGAAGAGAUGGAGCAGGUGAGUGAUGAGGGUGAAGAUUUUGAAACAUCAAGGGGAGGGAGAAGACAGAAAAGGGCAGCUGGACAGCAGCGACAUGCUGGGAAAGCCAAAAGGAGGAGAGUGGUCAUGGAUUCAGAGAGUGACAAUGAAGGUUCAGACAUGGAGUUUAAGCCAGAGGAAGCCAGCAGUGAUGAAGUCAGCAACGGAGGAGGGGACAGCGAGGCCUCUGAAUCUGAGCCUGGUCCAAAAAAGGAAGCAGUAAAUUCCAUUAAAGCCUGUAAUAAACAAACUCAGGAAAAGAUAAGCAAACCUCCUCAGAAGGAAAGUUUUAAAAAUGACCUUCUUGUAGCUCCCAGAAGAGAAAUUAGUCUGUCUUCUGAGAUCAAGAACAGGCUAACAUCUUUUGCAGCUCCUGAAUGCUUUGAUUUUCAGCCAAGCUUCAAUGGAGGAGGAGUGAAUUAUGACAUCCCAGCUGUAUGGGAACAUGAUAAAAUUGAUUGGCUCCAAGAUGAUAAAAGAAAAGACGCCCGUAGAAGAAAGAAAAAUGAUCCAGAUUAUGAUCCAGGUACACUGUUUGUGCCAGAGGACUAUCUGAAAAACUGCACUCCAGGAAUGCGGAAGUGGUGGGAGAUGAAGAGUCAGCAUUUUGACUGUGUGAUAUUCUACAAAGUUGGAAAGUUUUAUGAGCUGUACCACAUGGAUGCUGUUGUUGGGGUUAAAGAGCUGGGACUGGUGUUCAUGAAAGGCUGUUGGGCUCAUUCAGGCUUCCCAGAAAUGGCUUUUGACAAAUUCUCCAGUGUUUUGGUCCAGAAAGGUUACAAAGUUGUCCGCGUUGAGCAGAUAGAGACGCCUGAAAUGAUGGAAGCACGUUGUAAAUCUCUGGCUCAUCCAACGAAAUUUGACAGGGUUGUUCGAAGAGAAAUAUGCAGGAUCGUUACCAAAGGGACACAAACCUACAGUGUUCUGGAUGGUGACCUUUCAGAGGACCAAAGCAAAUACCUUUUGUGCGUAAAAGAAAAAGUGGUUGAUUCUGCUGGCCUCCAUCGUAUUUAUGGAGUAUGUUUUGUUGAUACAACAGUGGGAAAGUUCUAUGUUGGUCAGUUCCUGGACGACCGCCAUUGCUCAAGGUUUAGAACUCUUUUGGCUCAUUAUAUUCCUGUGCAGAUCCUUUUUGAGAGAGGAAACCCCUCUGCAGAAACACAAAAGAUAUUCAAAGGCUUAUUGUCUUCUACUAUGCAGGAAGGCUUGGCUCCUGGUUCUCAGUUUUGGACUGCAGCCAAAACAUUAAAAACUCUGAUUGAGGAAGGCUACUUUGAGGGCCAGGAAAACGCCAGCGGUAGACUUGUUCUACCUCCAGUAAUCAGAUCCAUGGCUGCGGAAAGUGACUCGCUUGGACUUACUCCAGCGGAGAACAGUGAGUUAGCUCUGUGUGCUCUUGGUAGCUGUGUCUUCUACCUUAAGAAAUGUAUUAUUGACCACGAGCUAUUAUCAAUGGCAAACUUUGAAGAAUAUGUUCCUGUGGAUAUUCAUAUUACACAAACAACUGAAUCAAGUAAUAUCUUUGCUAAAACUAGUCAGAGGAUGGUGCUGGAUGGGGUGACUCUAACAAAUCUGGAAAUACUGCAGAAUGAAACCACUAGUACACUAGAAGGUUCAUUGCUGGAGAAGCUUGACAUGUGUUGUACCCCAUUUGGAAGGAGACUCUUGAAACAGUGGCUCUGUGCACCAUUGUGUAAUCCUGCCGCUAUCAAUGACCGCCUGGACGCAGUUGAAGACCUCCUAGCUGAGGCUGCCAAAAUGUCUGAAAUCCGUGAUCUUCUGAAAAAGUUGCCAGACCUUGAAAAAUACUUGGGCAAGAUUCACAGUAUUGGAUCAUCACUUAAGAUCCAGAAUCAUCCAAACAACAGGGCAAUUUUGUAUGAAGAGAUAAGGUAUAGUAAAAAGAAGAUUGUAGACUUUUUGUCCACAUUAGAAGGGUUUAAAAUAAUCCUUGAGGUUAUCUUAAUUUUGGAAGAUAUCGUUGAUGGUUUUACAUCCAAAACACUUAAGCAAAUAGUAACAGUUAAAACUAAAAACCCAGCAGGCUGUUUCCCAGAUUUGAAAGCAGAGAUUGAAAGAUGGGAGACAUCUUUUGACCAUACUGUUGCACGCAAGACUGGUGUGAUUAAUCCAAAAGCUGGGUUUGAUUCUGAGUAUGACAAAGCACUACAGGAUAUAAGUAAUGUUGAGGAGCGCCUCCGUCAGUAUAUGGAAAAGCAGCGCAAACAGCUCGGGUGCAAAGCCAUGAUGUAUUGGGGAGCAGGCAAAAACCGCUAUCAAAUGGAGAUUGCAGAAAGCGCAUUGCCUAGUAACUUGCCUGAUGAAUAUGUGUUAAAGUCUACCAGAAAAGGCUACAAACGUUACUGGACCAAAGACAUAGAAAAGAUGUUGGCAGAGAUGGUCAAUGCUGAAGAACGGAGGGAUGCAGCGCAGAAGGAUUGUAUGAAAAGGGUAUUUUAUAACUUUGAUAAAAACAACAAAGACUGGCGAACAGCGGUGGAAUGCAUCGCGGUGCUAGAUGUCCUACUGUGCCUGGCACAGUACAGUCAAGGAUGUGAUGGACCACUAUGCCGACCGGUAUUUCUGCUGCCAGAAAAGAACACGCCACCCUUUCUGGAGCUCAGAGCUUCACGUCACCCAUGCAUUACGCAAACUUUCUUUGGGGAUGACUUCAUUCCUAAUGAUAUACUAAUUGGUGUGGAGGGUGAAGAUUCCUGGACUGAUGCUCGCUGCGUUCUGGUGACUGGCCCAAAUAUGGGAGGCAAGUCAACACUCAUGAGACAGGCUGGCCUCCUGGUAAUAAUGGCCCAGUUGGGAUUCUUCGUACCCGCUGAAUCUUGUAGGCUUACUCCUGUUGAUCGCGUGUUCACAAGACUCGGUGCUUCAGACAGAAUUUUGUCUGGGGAGAGUACCUUUUUUGUUGAGCUGAGUGAGACUUCCAGUGUUCUACAGCAUGCAACAGAGCAUUCCUUGGUUCUGAUGGAUGAACUAGGCAGAGGUACAGCUACUUUUGAUGGAACAGCUAUCGCAAGUGCAGUUGUCAAAGAGAUUUCAGAGAAUAUCAAAUGCCGUACAAUGUUUUCAACUCACUACCAUUUGUUAGUAGAGGAUUACUUCCACAGUCCUUCUGUGCAGCUGGGUCACAUGGCAUGUAUGGUGGAAAAUGAAACUGAUGAUCCAAGCCAGGAAACGAUCACAUUCCUCUACAAAUUCAUUAAGGGGGCCUGUCCUAAAAGCUAUGGCUUUAAUGCUGCGAGGCUUGCUGACAUUCCUGAAGAAAUUAUUCAGAAGGGUCACAAAAAGGCAAGGGACUUUGAGAAAUCGACUCUCUCACUGAGGCUGUUUAGGAAACUUUGCCUGAUGGCUGAAGGAGCUCCAGUUGCUGUAGAUGAUCUGCAUAAGCUGGUGACGAUGCUUUGUGAGUGAGAGACCCUUUACGGUUUAUGUAGUACACUUUAUAGGCAGUAUGCAGACAACAUAAUGAUCUAAUAAACUUUAUUUUUUAAAAAUGA